UUAUAAUUUUAUUCAACUUAUCUUUAGUUUAAUAAAUAACUAAAAUUUUCUACAAAAAUAGCUAAAAUGAGCUAAACAUUUCAAAGCGAAAAACAUUUAUAUGAUGAUAAAUCUACAACAUUUUAUUAACUUUUUAAAAUCUUAAUGGUUGAAAAUAAAAGCAUACAAAUGAUUGAGGAACUCAAAGAUAUUUUGAGGCAGUUCAUUUAUUUUUAGACACUUUUUCACUUCAUUUCAAAUGUUUUUCCUUGCUUUAACUUCAUAAAUACAUUUAUUCAGCUGUUUGAAGUAGUAAGUGAAGAUGAAUUAAACACAGAUAAAAAUGCAGAUUUUAUAGUUAGAAUUUGUUUGGAAAGUUUUUCAUUUUCACAAGUUUAAGAAAAUUCAUUCUUAGAGCAAUAUAACUGGGGUUAGUUUGCUAAAAAAUGCCGCAUCAUUUAGAACUAAGCUAAGUCUCUUACUAAAAUUGAAGGAGAAAUUGAUAAAGAGCAAUUAAUAAAAAAUGAAUAAUGCUAGCAAUAUAAAUAUUUAUUAAUAUAACAAUCUAAAUUUAUAGUAUGCUUAAAAAAGUACUAAAAUUAAAGAGAUAUCACAUAUAAUAAUAUUAUAAAAUGUAUUCCUUAAGUAUAACAGAUAACUUCAAAGAGAACGCAAGAUAACAUUAUAAAAAGCAUUGAAAGCAUCAACUUAUUUGAAAAUACUGUAAUUACUCUUUAAUAGGAUUAAUUUGUCACACCUAGAAAGUCAAAGUUGUAAAAAUUUAAAAAAGAUGCUUUAUGGUUUCUGAUAUCAGGAAAUGGAGUUGUUGAAUAAAGAAUAAGUGAAACUGUCACUGUUCCUAUUUCUACUAUUUCUGAAGGUAGUCUAUUUGGAGAGGAGAUUCUAUUUUAGAAUUUAAAAAAUGAAUAAGAUGAUAAUGAUAUAAAUUCGAGCUUAGAAAAUAUAAAAUAAUUCAAAGAAUAGAUAAAUGAAGAUUAAGGAAGAUUUUAGCUAAGAAUAACUUCUAAGCUAGGUAAAAUGUACUGCAUAUAAAAGGAAUAGAUUUUAUUGAUUUUGCCUAGUAAAAUAGUGAAAGAAAUCUAGACCAAUUUUAUUUAAAAAUUUAAUAAUAGAAAAAAUAUCCUAACAUCUUAAUUAGAAUGCUAAAAAUAGUAAAACAUUUAAGUCAGUGAAAGGAAAAAAAAUAUAAGAAGACAAUUCAGUGAAAUUUUAAAUACAAAUAAUAUCUAAAUAAAAUAAACAAAUUAAAGAGAAUCUUUUAUGGAUAACUAAGAAGAUUUAAUCAUGCAAAGGGUCAUCGACAAGAAAUAAAUGAUAUUAAAAUUAUAGGAAAAUUAACUUGCCAAAAAGGUUUUAUUUGCUGAUUCUUCGCACUCUCCAUAAAGAGAUAGUGUUUUAUAGUUUAAUGAUAAUUCAAAAACAGAAAGGAAAUCUUCAAAAGAAAUUAAAAAAAAACCAAAUAUUUAGCUUGUUCUUAAGGAGAAAAAAUCAAAUGAUAAAACAAAUUAAAGUAGCUUAAAUGAGCAACAAAAAUUCUUUUCUGUAGAAAAUGAACAAAAUAUAAACUCUUCCUAUAAAACUCUUUUGUCUUCGAAGCCUACUGUUGAAAAAAGAUAUCUUAAUAAAAAAAUUUUUAAUAUCAUAAAUUAAGGAUUUGAUUUUGGAACAAAAGAUAAAUAAUCUGAGUAUAACAAAGAGCAUGCUAUUAAAAUGCUUUAACUAAAAAAUGGAAUCAUCAAUCCAAUAACUAAAGCAAGACACCCGAGCAUAUAUGAACAUUAAGAAAAAAUGAUUCUCAAAUAAUAAUAAAAGAUAUAAUCGAUAAGCAUUGCUAGACUGCUUGACAAUACUCCAAGUCAGCAAUCAAUUUACAACUAAUUUACGAAUUAAGAAAAUAAUCAAAUAAAUAUAACAAGCUUGCAAAAUAUUGAAGAUAGAAAAUAAUCUUUUUACUUAACACCAAAAGAGUUCUGCCAAUCUGCGCGUUAGUUAGAAUAAAAAUUUCAAGCCAGCUUUUAAAAUACUUCUUCCAAAUUAUUACGUUAUAACACAGUAGAUAUCUCAAAAAUGGGUACUACUUAAGACUUUACACCCUUUUAAAAUAAGACCAAUAAAAAUAAAUCUUCAAAUUCUAUUAAAAGACCUUCAGAUUAAUCUAAAUCUGAUGAAAUGUCUUUAAUCUAAUUUGGUUUAAACUUAAUACAGAUUCCUAACAAUGAAAUUAAUGAGAAAAAUAAAAGUUCAAUAUUGAUCAACAAAACACUAAAUUCAAGUAGUUUUAGUGAUAAUAAUAAACAAAAGAGUUUCACUGGUUACAACCAAAACAAUUAACGAGACAGCAUUAAUUUUAAAAGUGAUGAAAUUGGAAAUCGUGGAGAGUUUUUAUAAAAUAAAGAGAGCAGUUUUGCUGAUUUCAUAAACAAUACAAAUAGAAAAAAAUCAAGGUGCUUUUCAAAUUUUAUUCAAGCUAAUAAUUUCACUGAGGAAGAAAAUAGUAUGAGUUAAGCAAAUGUUAAUUAUUAAAGUUAAAAAAAACUUUUAAGAUAAAGAACUUGUAAUUCAAUUAAUGAAUUGUUAGAUCUUUCUUAAAUAGGAUCUAAAAAAAAUAAUAAUUUGUCAUAAAAUAACCAGUCUUUGAAAUAAAUUAAUUCAAUUUUUUCAGAAUUGAACUCCAAGAAUUUUAUUAAAAAAGACAUUAAUUACAACUCCUAAAAAAGUUAAGAUAAUAUUUUUAAUUAAAUAUGUAAAAGCAAUCAACAGAGUGCAAGAAAAACUACUAAGAUAUCUUUGCUUUUGGAAGAAAAUGAAAGAAUAAAAAGUGCUAGGAACUAAAUCAGCUUAGAUAAAACUAAUAAAUAAUAUAACAACGCCUUUGCAAGUGUAAAUAUAAAUAAAAUAUUAAGUAAAUCCCCAUCUUUUGAUCAAAUUAACUUCAUUUAAGGAAACAUACAACAUAAAAAUAAAUUUAGUGAUAAAGAUUAAUAAAAUCUAUAUUAUAUGAAAAAUUAAGAAAAUCAACAAUGUUAGGCAUCUCGAAUUGAUUAAAUCGGAUCACCUGUAAAGAAUAGUACUACGUUUAAUUUAGAGAAAACUAAUGAAAAUAGUUUCAAUUUAAAAGGUUAAAAAAUAUCUUUCUAGGAAAAAUAUAUUAAAAUUAAAUCUAAUAAAGGUGAAUAUAUACGUUUAAAUAACUAAAUAAAUUAGAUUGAUAACAAUCAAAAUUCUAACUAAGCUAAUCAAGAUUAAUUCUAAGUAUCUGAUUCAAAAAUUCAUCCGAGAGAUAGAAAAUUAUUAAACUAAUAUAAUUCAUCACCUAAGAAUGAAAAAUAAAUAAGCCAAAUUAUUUAAAAUAAAGAACUCGUUAAUAAUAUACGAUUAAGAAGCUCUUAACAGUUUUAUAAGUCUCCUAAAAAAUCAUAUUAAAAAUAGAUAUCUGAUUAGAAACUUAAAGUAAAUACAGACUCAAGCUCUGUUAUGAAGUUGAAAAAAUCUAAUAAUUAAUAGCUUCAAAGAUGCCUCACUUAAGAUUAACUCCAAGAAAUUACAACAGAUUUUUACUCCUAAGCAUAAGGUGUCUCUAGUAAUGAAUUAAGUAAUUAGCAAAAUAUUGAGGACUAGAACCAAUAAAUAUUUGAAGCUGAUACUUUUGGGAUUUAAAACAUGAAAAAUCUUAAUUAAUAAGUAAAUGCUGAAAGUUGUAAUAAUUAUAACAAUUUUGCCUCCAGUAACAACAUAGACAUACUGAAUUUAAGACAAAACGAAUUAACCAGUUAAGAAAAAUUACAGUAGUAGGAAUACAAUUAUUAAAAUUAAUUUAAUCAGAAAUUCAAUUUCAAAUCUUACUUACUUCAAAAAGCUAAAAAUAAUUAGGCUAUCAAAAGAAAGAAUGUAAACAUAUAAAAAGAUUUCGAACAACCUAACUUAUUGCUUUGCAAUAAAUAAAUAUAAAUUUUAGAACUAAAAAAGUCUUGA